UAAUUAUCGUAAUUAUCAUAAUUAACAUGUACUGAGUCUAGAAUUCAUUAAAUUUUCACUUACAUAACUGAUAGAAAAUAUUGAACUUUUUUACGAUGUUCUAAUUGUUUGAGAUGCUCUAGUAUAUAGAUAGAGAGAGAGAGACUAUCUGGACCCCUCACAAUAUGGUCACUGGUCAAAAAAAGUUUGCCAUCCCCUACUCUCAUCAUAAAGUCAACAAGAUACAGUAUUUUGCAAAUGCAGCGUGGGGAAGCGUGCACACUCAGCUGCCGCUGUGGUUAGCUUGUGCACGCGUAUAUGUUACUGAUAUGACGCUCUAAAUAUAGAAGAUUCUCUUGAGCAGUUACAACAGACAUCUAACAUCAGUUUGCUUUUUUUGGAGAAAAUGGCUACUCGUAAACACAGAGGAAUACCUCUGAGCUCGCUCAGUCCUAAAUUUCUUCAUACAAACUCAACCAGCCAUACCUGGCCCUUUAGUGCCAUUGCUGAGCUGAUUGAUAAUGCUUAUGACCCAGAUGUUCGUGCCAAGCAGUUCUGGAUAGAUUGGACACGCAUCAAAAACCUGGACUGCCUCUCUUUCAUGGAUAAUGGAGCAGGAAUGACCAGAGCCAAGCUGCAUAAGAUGCUCAGCUUUGGUUACAGUGACAAGAAAGCCGUGAGAGACCAUGUUCCAGUUGGUGUCUACGGCAAUGGCUUUAAAUCAGGUUCCAUGCGCUUGGGAAAGGAUGCCAUCGUCUUCACGAAGACCAGAGACUCGAUGAGUGUCGGCCUUCUAUCACAGUCCUACCUGCAGGCCAUAAAAGCUCAACAAAUCAUGGUGCCUAUUCUUACCUUCAGGCGCGAUGGACAAAACCUACCGGAGGAUGCAGCCAGUCUCGAUGCGAUCCUGAGACACUCACUGUUUAAUACAGAGAAGGAACUGUUCACUGAGCUGCGUGCCAUCAGCACUGCUGGACCCACUGGCACACGCAUCAUUAUCUGGAAUCUGCGCAUGAUUACAAAUGGGGAGACGGAAUUCAACUUUGAUGCAGAUAAAUAUGAUAUUCAGAUCCGAGCAAAUGCUAGUGAGAAAACCCGAGAGUGUCGAGCCAUGACACCCGAGAGCGACUAUUCACUAAGAGCGUACUGUAGCAUUCUGUAUCUGAAGCCACGUAUGCAAAUCAACAUUCGAGGACAAAGAGUGAAAACCCAGCUCAUCUCCAAGAGUCUUGCUUACAUUGCCAAUGACAACUACAGACCUUCAUUUCUGACCAAACGUAUUCGGAUCACAUUUGGGUUCAACACCAAAAGCAAGGAGCAUUACGGUAUCAUGAUGUACCACAAAAACAGACUCAUCAAGGCUUAUGAAAGAGUGACCUGUCAACGCAAGGUAGAGAGAAAAGGUGUUGGGGUCAUCGGUGUGAUUGAAUGUAAUUUCCUUCAGCCGACUCACAACAAACAGGACUUUGAUGAUACAGAUAAAUACAGGAAAACCAUGCAUAACCUCAGCAUCAAGCUGGAAGAGUACUGGAACGAGAUCCGCUACAAGAGGAAAAAAGAGGACCCAAAAUGCACAGUUCCAAUCGAGGAUACAGUGAAAGUUCCAGAUCAAGUCUGGGUGCAGUGUGACAGCUGUCUCAAGUGGAGAAGGCUUCCAGAUGGUUUCGACUGCAGCCGGCUGCCUGAGAAAUGGUUCUGCAACAUGAACCAUGACCCACAAUUCAGGAGCUGUCUGGUGGAGGAGGAACUGGAGGAUCAAGAAGAGGAACAGAAAUCAUACCCCAAACCCUUCAAACGCCAGAAGAGGAACAGUAAGAGUCUACAGGAUGAUAAUGGACCAGAGGUAUUACAGAUUCCAGCCCUGGAAGCUCCGGUUAAUGCCAGGCAGCUGAAAAAGUCUGUAUCCUGGAAACCAUUUCCUGCCGAUCUGUUCAACAAUAGUGCAACUGGCCUCAGUGUUCUGUCAUCCACUUCUAACGCUCAGAGAUCACCACCACAGCCUCUGAUUAAUCUCACUGCUCUCUCUGAAUCACUGAAAAGGAUUAAAAGGAAACUCUCUACUGCUGAACACACACCUCCAGCAGUACAUCCUAUGCCUUAUGCCUCAUUUCCUCCUAAUGCCCUGCUGCAAGGUGGUGGCACGUUCAUUGACACACAUUCCAGUCUUGCACCAAACAAAGAAGAGAGCAAAUGGGAGGGGAUGGAAAAUGAGAAAAAUGUAAAUCCAUACGAACAAAUAAACAACAAGGAGAGCAGUAAGACUGAAAUAGUCGAGCCAUAUCAGGAGCCUGUUUGGGACGAGGAUGAGUGGUAUGCUGGAGAGGAAUCACCCACUACAGAAACCCAGUACUGUAUAGCAGAGUCAUACUCUAAGGAGGAAGUGAGAAAGGUAUCGCAUGAUGAUCAUGAGGUGUGGAGUCUGCAGCAGCAGCAGGAUGAGUUGAUGGAGAUGAUGGAGCAGAUGGCAGAGGAGAGGGACACAUGCAGGGAGGAGCUGGAGCAGCUGCGGGAUCACUGCACCGCCCUGGAGAAUGAGAGGAGUCAGCUCCUCAGCAAGGUAUGAAUGAAUGUCUGGAUGAGUCUAUGCAUGCUACAGUGGAUUGGCAUCACAUCCAAGGUGAAUUUCCCCACCUUGCACCCAGCAUUACUGGGAUAAGAUCAGUGGUUACUGAAGACGAAUUAAUGAAUCUUAAGUAUACUGUUAUUGACAACAUUAACUAUUCAAAAUUCUGAAAAAAAAAAUUAAAAGUCUGGGACUCUCUAAUGGUGCCACAAGAAAAUUCCACCCUCUAUCAUCAACAAAUCGUGAUUUCAAAUCUUGAGGAUACCAGAGCCAUCUAUGGCAAAAUUGGCUCUUUCUGCGCUGUCAAUCAUGGCAACAUUUACCAAUUGUGGGCAUCUGUGAGGUCAUUUAUGCAGAAGAGGGUAGAUAGCACUUUCCUUUUCGUGUGAUAGCUGUCAUAUGAUAGUAGUGAGCUGGCUGGUAGGUGGGACUUGGCAGGUCACCAAAUUGGGGAGAAAAUGGGAAAGAAUUCUUUCUGUAUGAUGCCUGAAUUGUUUAAAGAUCCCAGAACCACUGAAUUUUUCAAUAGUCAUUAUUAGAUUUACAUUAAAUUUGGGAAGUCAUGGCCUAAUGGUUAGAGAAACAGCUUUGGGACCAAAAGGUUGCUGGUUCGAUUCCCCAGACUAGCAGGAUUGACUUAAGUGCCCUUGAGCAAGGCACCUAACCCCCAACCACUCCGGCAAGAGUGGUGGCGUACCUUGUGUCUGAUUAGCCAAAGAAAAACUGAUGAUGUGAUCAUCAGUUCGGGCAUUGAACCCGACCAACUGAACUGAAAUUUGUGCAUACUGUGAUAUACAUUAUAUGGCCAAAAGUAUGUGCACACCUGACCUUCAUAUCUAUGCAUGGGUAUUCCCCAAACUGUUGCCAUAUGAUAUAAACACACAAUUGUACACAAUUGCCACAAAGUUGGAAGCACACAGUUAUAUAAAAUGUCUUUAUAUGCUGUAGCAUUGCAAUUUCCAGGCCCAAACCUGUUCCAGCAUGACAGUACCCCUGUGCGCAAAACAAGGUCCAUGAAGACAUGGUUUGUCAAGUUUGGAGAGAACUCAGGUGUUCUGCACAAAGCCCUGACCUCAACCCCACUGAACAACUUUGGGAUGAACUAUGCACCAAGGCUUCUGCAUAUCAGUGCCUGAACUCACAAAUGCUCUUGUGGCUGAAUGAGUACAAAUCCAUCCAUUGUCUGUAGCUGCUUAUCCUGUACAGGGUCACAAGCAAGCUGGAGCCUAUCCCAGCUGAAUAUGGGCAAGAGGUAGGGUACACUCUGGACAAGACACCAGAUCCUCGCAGGGUUGACACAUAGAGACAAGCAACCAUUCACACUCACACCUACGGUCAAU